AUCACAAAAUGUCAGUAAUUCUGAGGGAAAAAAUUAAGGGAGAAAUUGAGCCCAAAUGAUGAUGAUGAAGGGAGAACUGUGGUCUAAUCUAGGCUCAACAAUGGCGGCCAUUAUGUUCGUGUAUGCCAUGUUCCGACAGUAUUUCCCUCCACAACUUCAGGCUUGUAUCUUUCAAUAUAGUAAAAAGUUGUCGAAUUUCAUGUAUCCUUACAUUCAUAUAACCUUCGAUGAAUUCACGGGCGAAAAGAUUAAGAAAAGUGAAGCCUUCUCAGUAAUUCAGAACUAUGUCAGUGACAAAUCUUCUGCAAACGCUAAACGACUCAAGGCUGAUGUUGUUAAAGAUAGUCAGUCUUUAGUUCUUAGCAUGGAUUAUAACGAAGAAAUCACUGAUGAGUUCAAUGGAGUCAAGCUUUGGUGGUCUGCUAAUCGAACUACUACCAAAACACAACAAUUUUCAUUUUAUCCGGCCGCCGAUGAGAAGAGGUUUUACACUCUCAAGUUCCAUAAUCGUCACCGGGAAGUCAUCACCGGAACUUAUCUUAGCCAUGUGUUGAAACAAGGGAAGGCUAUCGCUGCAAAUAACCGGCAGCGGAAGCUCUACUCGAACGGUGCAGGCCAAGGCAACCGAAGUAGUACUACAUGGACACAUGUGGCUUUUGAACAUCCUGCAACAUUUGAUACAUUAGCAAUGGAUGAAAAGAAGAAAAGGGAGAUCAAGAAAGAUCUAGUGACGUUCAGUAAUGGGAAAGAGUAUUAUGCUAAGAUUGGGAAAGCUUGGAAACGUGGUUAUCUACUUUAUGGUCCUCCAGGAACUGGCAAAUCCACCAUGGUUGCUGCCAUGGCUAACUUUUUGAACUAUGAUGUGUAUGAUCUUGAGCUUACAACAGUUAAGAACAAUGUGGAAUUGAGAAGGCUUUUGAUUGAGACAUCAAACAAGUCUAUCAUAGUGAUAGAGGACAUUGAUUGUCCUCUUGAUCUUACAGGCCAAAGGGAAGAAAAGAAGAAGAAGAAGAAAGAUGAUAAGAAUGAAGGGGGCGAUCCAAUUGGUGCAAUGUCGAAAAAUGAGGAGAGAAAAGAGAGUGAAGUAACAUUAUCAGGGCUGUUGAACUUCAUUGAUGGAAUUUGGUCAGCUUGUGGGGGUGAAAGAAUCAUUGUUUUCACCACCAACCAUGUUGAGAAGCUUGAUCCAGCUUUAAUCAGGAGAGGGAGAAUGGAUAAACACGUUGAAAUGUCAUAUUGUAGGUUCGAAGCAUUCAAGGUGUUAGCAAAGAACUAUUUGGACAUUGAUUCUCAUCCACUUUUCGAAGAAAUUGGCAAUUUGUUGGAAGAAACAGAUAUGACACCUGCUGAUGUUGCUGAGAACUUGAUGUUGACAUCUGAUGAUGAUGAAGUAGGUGAAACUUGUUUGAAGAAUUUGAUUGAAGCACUUAAGGCUGCUAAAGGGGAAGCAAGAAAGAAAGCUGAGGAAUAUCAUGCUCGUUUAGAGGCAGAGAAAGAAGAAAAGGAAAAAACAAUCUGUUGAAGAUAAUUUUAGAUGAGAUGCAAUUUCAGCCAAACAGGUGAAAGAAAAUGGAAUCAUCG